AUGAAAAUGAAAGCAUUAGUUGCCUUCAAAUCCAAGCUUCUAACCCCAUGCAGAAAACUACUAACCUUCAGAUUCAAACUCAGAAAACCUCUCUUUAUAAGAUCUCUUGCAUCGCGUACUCACCGUAGUAAGACGAGAAAAACUUCUACCAAGAAUCGUAUUCUUACUGCCCUGCAUUCAGUUUUCCAUAAGAAAUCGAGGAAGAUGGACGUACUUGGGGAGCUUAAGAGUGUUCCUGAAGUAGAGCGCGAGAAAAGGAUCUACACGUCACCUCUAACACCAGCAUACAUUACAGCCAGUAGAACCGCCAUGAGAGAGAGCUUUGGCGGCGACCAGGAUGUGGAAGAUGCGUGCAGAAGCUUUGAGAACUAUUUGGUGGAUAUGAUUGUUGAAGAAGGAAAAGUGAGGGAUCUGAUAGAUGUUGAGGAGCUUCUGUAUUGCUGGAAGAAUCUGAAGUGCCCAGUCUUUGUCGAUGUGGUGUGUAGAUUCUACGGGGAGCUAUGCAAGGACCUGUUUUCUCCGGAGGAUGACAAUGACAUUGAUUAUAGCGCCAAAUGAUUCUACUGCUAGUGUUUGUACCAGAGGUUCACAGUUUCGACAAAGUAUAGAUACCAACAAGAAAUAAGCUUAUUAGAUUAACUAAAUUGUAUUACAAAUAUAUAUCUAGUUUCUCUGCAUAUCCUGAUAUCCUGAAUGAAUCAGCAGCAGGAGAACUGUACUAACCUUCCUCCGGUGACUUACUUUUUCAGCAUUUCGCAGGAGAAAGAAGAUUUGGGUCAAAUUUCUAAGGAAGCGGAGCUCCCCCUUACUCCCCAUUCAACAGCACACUCAAUAAUACUUGUACUGGCAAGACCGGAAUCUCGGUUCCACAAAUUAAGAGUGGAAAACGAGCAUGGAGGGAAAAUGAAACCUUAAAUUCAAUA